GAGUCGGGAGGGAGAGAGAGAAGAGGCGACCGCCACUUAACACCACCUAAGCUUCGAGGGAAACGGAUUUGUAGGAAAUAUAGCUUGCUGUGCUUCCUUACAUAUAGUCCGCCGAAGGAUUUCAAUAGGCAAAUCGCAUAUUUUCUUGGACGAAGGGCUUUUCAACAACCAAAGCCCGAGGAAGUCGUGCCCAAUGUGAUGACGCACUCUGAAAUACACGUCUCCUCCUGGUUAAGGCUUCUUGGAGGAGUCUCGAGCGCAGAGGUGAAUUGAUGUUCAGCUCGGCUCGACGGGAAAACAACGCUCAUUGGCACAUGAAAACUUCAGACCUUGCUGGACACAGAAGCAGAACAGCGAGAAGUAGACAGAGAACUACUUCGAGGACCUGGGGCCCGGUUGGAGGUGAACGAUUGAAGAGAGAGCUCUGCUUCAUCAACUUUCUGACAACAAAGAGGUGACAGGUAGUGCAGAAGCAGUAUGGGAGGUGGAGAGAGAUACAACAUUCCAGUUACCCACCCCGAGCGUCCUUUGCCCAAGAAGAACCAUCAACUUGGCCGGGCCAAGCAGAGAAGCCGUGACCAGAACGGAGCUGCAGCAUCAGCUGGAGGGACAGGUGGCCUUCAUCAUCAUGGCCACCGCCGGAGCGACAAGGGCGCAGCCUACCACAGGUCUCCAGAGGCGCGGCAGGCCGCGUCUGUAGAGAAGCAUGCUUCUGUUCGCUUUGCCACCAACUAUGAUCAGAACUGGGAGGGUGUAGUGUCUCACCUCAACACGUUCUUGGCCACACAGGGAAGUCCAGGCUACGCAGGCCCUAAGUUCAGCGAGCCACCCUUGCCCAGCGUGUUGCCCAAACCCCCCAGCCACUGGGUGUCUUUCCCAAUGGGCUCCUGUGACAACCGGGAGAUGAUGGCCUUCCAGCUCAAGAGCCUCCUCAAGGUGCAGGCCUGAGAGGGAUAACCAGACUCGAUCGUAAAGCCAAUUUAUGGACUAGGACUCUUUUGAGGGCACCCACCCACCAGGAACACCUCAGUGCUGUAAUACUUUUAGCUGUUUUUAGAUUGACCUCGGUGUUAGACGGCAUUUGCAGUAAUGUUUGCUGUCAAUGUUUAUACAACACAAAAUUUUUAAGCCAAUAUUUCUUGAUAUAUUACAGCCUUGGAGCCUUGCUGGUCGGUAAUGCCUUUAGUGGAGUCAGUUUCUGUGACUAAUGACAAACUGGAUAUCCUUUCUACUUUUUGUUUUGUUUUUUUUAAUGUUGGCUAUCGAGCGGAUUGAGUGUGCUUUCCCCUACCAAACAAGGGUUAUAGUAUAGGUCAGGUAAAUUCCCAUCACAAGCUUUUUCAUUUACAUAGGUUUUAUGAUGAGCCUUUAGUGUUGUCUCUAAAGCUUCAGGUGCUAAAGAAAAUUUCACAUUUGUAGCAUUUUUUGAGGGUCCACCCUUUUCUUUAAUAUAUCACAAUCCUUGUUUGGGAUGGAAAAUACAUUCAACUGCAAUUCUGCAGGGAAAAAAGCUAUCUUACUGGAGGUAAUACGCUGUACAGUACAGGUCAAAAGUAUAACCUCAAACUGAAGGGUAAAAAGAGACCAUGGCACACAGGCCUCGGACUGUCGACUCCUGUAUCUUUUUUUAUUGCGCUGUGCGCACAUGCACUGCAGGAGUUGAGCUUGUCUGAGGCCCAUAACACUCUUAUCAUAGCAUUAUUUUGUACAAGUCCUUUAUUGUUGUGGUUGAAAGGUGUAUGACGAACUGUGUGUAACCAAAGCAAUGUUUUCGCUGUAUUUUAUUUUCCUUUUUUAUUAUUUUUGGGACAUCCUAUAUGUGGUCGGCAUUGUUGCCAUCGCCACAUUAACCUUGCCAGCCCGAGUGGUGAAUGGGUCAGAGCCCCCAAGGUCACUUCUGACUGUUCAUCUGUUCCAAUCAGUAAUGUUAUUGCUCCUCAGUCUCAGCCUUUUCAGGACAAUGCUGCAGCUCCAACAUGCGGAAGAGGGCCAGGCUUAGUUGUGGGACUGUUGAGUUUCACGUCCUCUAAGUCAUGUGAAAUGGUCCUGUUGGCUGCAAGCAUUCGUAAGAUGAGGCAGAGCUCGGGAAAGUUUCUGAAGUGAAGUGGCUGCAGGGACUCUACAUGAGGCAGGAGGCUGGUGUUUAUGUUUACAAAAUAGGUCUCAGAGUGGUUGACCAUCCCAUAAUCAACAGACACUCUGCCUCCUGUCUAUGCCUCUUGUUUACCCUCUUGCACUGCAAUCAGACUAGUUUUUAAGUUACAGACCAGGAUGCAAUUGAACAUGAUGGAGGGCGUAAUUGACUAUCUCCCAAUGGAUUCUCUAUUUUUGUGACUCAAUCCUCAAUGAGGCUCUUUUUGCUUUCCCCUUGCAGAAUUGGAGCGGUGUAUGGCCAUGCUAAAGAUAACAAAACAAAGUAUGAGAGCUUGUUGUGUUUUAAGAGCCAUGUAAAUAAUGAAAUGUAAAAAGUACUUGUAGCAUAUGUACAUUUGCAGGCCGAAUUUGAGGCUUGUAUGACAAAAGUAUUUUUAGUAAUAACACUGAAUGUAUAAGACAUGCUAAGGACGUGUCUUGACUUCAAUGUCUUGACUUCAAUACUGAAGAAUAUUUUUGUUAAAACUGCUUAUAGCAUUUCUCAGUACCCCUGCACUGUUAUCUUUCCAGAGAUCUUGCACAUGUUUUUUAUUGUUUUGUAUUAUGCAGUGUAGGGUGAAAUAUGCUACGUGCAAAUUAAGUAAAACUGCAAAAUAUCAAUUCGAUCUUAGGAGACUUGCCUAUGUAAAAAAAAAUUCGAGUUUUGAAUGUGCUUACAAUAUGUGAGCGUGAUGCUUUUAAUCUUGAGUUGACCUGUUUGUGCCUAAGUUGAAAUCCAUGCUGAAACUGAAUAUUUGCAUUAGGUGGCAAUGCCACGAAUUGACCAAAAUGUUUUCAUCAGAACCAGCUUCAAUUCUCAGCUGUUUUUCCGCCAGCUGACAACUGAACCUGGCCCCAUGCUGUUUAAGUUGUACUUACUAUUGGUUGUUCAUGUACAUUUUCUUUCUUGCCCCGGUUGAGUCAUGCAUGGCAGUCUCCUUAUUCUAAAUUUGAAGCUUACGAAUUGGCUGUUAAUUUGUCCCACUGUUGAAAUGUCACCGAAUAUGAAAAGAAAAUGCCCUGUUUAAGAUUGGUAUCAAUUAGUGUUUUAAAAAAAGCAACUGAAUGCACUGUGAAUUGAAGACAAAACUUACAAAAAAGAAAUAAAUCCCUUUCCCUUCCCCCCCCA